UUAGCCUACUUUUGUCCUAAAUUAUGUAUACCUUAUACAUUCCUUGUAUAUCACAAAGAAAUAAAACAAUAAUAACAACAACUGUUAACAUCAGAGUACAGGUGCCACUGCGUAAAUAUUUUUUUAUAACUCGUGAAAUCGCUUCCGAAACUUGUACAAAUAAUUAUAGUAUUUCCAAAGUCGUCGAUGCAAUACCCAACGUUUGUCGGCGAUAGAUAAAUGGCAAGAGAAGGUAAAAAUAUAUAACUGGAUAUAUGAGGGUAUGGUGGCAAGAGUAUGCUGACCACAUGCAACCAGCGUCAGUAUGGACGAGACCAGCAGAGGUGGUGGGUGUGCGCGGGUGUUCAUGAGCCAUGGAGAACGACAAAGAAUUUAUUGAACACGAAGACUUAGAGAACGAUCGUCUCAGCGUGGAGUCGAUGUGUUUGAGCAGUGGUACAAUUUCUCCAGAAGUGUUGGACAUCACGACAAACAGCAGUUUCUUGCAUCACCUUCCAAAUGCACAAGACAUUGUAACUGAGGUUACAGACUUCAAUUCUACACACUGUAGUAUGGAACAAGAAAGCAAUAUGCUACGUUCCUCUGAAGCUGAAAACACUUUAGACAGUGAGUCUGUGGCAGUGGCAGACCUAUCUUUUAAACUGUUCCCGACCGUAGACUCCAAACAUUUCCCAUCAUGGAUGGAGACACUUGCGCCACUCCUCGCCCAGUUUUGGAGAAACACUCCUCGAGCGACGUUUGACUGUAUGGUGUCACGUUUAAAGAGGCAUUUAUUUUUGACGGAAGAUGGUAAACUAUCUAUCAACCUUGUCGCUGCGGCCAUACUAGGACUUCAUCCUAUGAUUGAAGGACGACGAUAUUCACAUGAUGAUAUUCAGGCUCCAAAGACGUUGCCUUGUAUUUUAAGAGAGAGACUAUCUUGUGGAUUAUUCGUCCCAAUGGUACACAUAUUGUAUGGCGAGGCGCUUAUGAACGGUCAUGGAUACCAUGUGAAUGCCUGUGGUCAGAAAGUCGGAGCAGAGCCAUAUCCCAUCAGUCUUCAGGACUCGCCACCGAAGGAGUUUUGCACUCUAGUCAAACGCAUUGACAUCAUAAGAGGAAUGACUUCGCAUGGAUUAGCGUUGGCAUUCCGCUUUCCCUACCUGGCUUCCAAAAUGCAUGGACUCUUACAUUUUAUGUGGACCUUCUUGUUCACUAAAAGGAUGCCUGUAGCUGCGGGCAUGGAGCUUUAUGAUGCGUUUUUUCAAGAGUUCGAGAAACAACUUUGCCUAUUACAAGUGAUGCCCAUAGACAAAUUUCCUUCCAGGCUGAUUAAGUGUGUCUAUGCCAAAUACCCCAAAAAACUAGUUUGCAACACCUAACAUGCAUCCUACACUGAUAAUAAUGAAUUUAGCUCCAUGACAAAACCUAUUCAUAUUUCAAGCAACCUUCUAUUUGUAUUUCCUGCUAAUUUUACAAAAAAAAUUAUAGUUUCAUGCAUUAUUCAUAUCUUUAGUGUAAUACAAUUCGUAACUGAGUACUACCACUACUAUUUUACACGUGCUCACUAUAUAUUACCAUUAAUUACAUUCCUAGGAGAAUACAAAGCACUUUAUUUUUCUACGUUAAUAAAUA